AUGUCUGUGGGGUGGCCCUCUAUUGGGGUGGGUGCCUCCUUAAGGCCUAACUAUCUCAAGAGAAUUACAAAUUGUCACAAAAACACAUCCUUUCUGUUUGCCUUAGCUGAAAGAAACCAGGCAGCAUGGUCCAGGGGCUCAGGUGUGGUGGAGGCCGCCAGACCCUGGGGCAGCAGGAGCAUCCGGGCCCCACGUGGCGAACUCAACCAAAACCUGGAAGACUUUCCAGCAGGUUUCAUAGACGACCAUGAGCUCUACCCAUGGGAAGUCCUUGUUGUCGGUCCCCCAGACACACUUUAUGAAGGUGGUGUUCUUAAGGCUCAUCUCACUUUCCCAAAAGAUUAUCCCCUCCGGCCUCCUAAAGUGAUCAUCACAGAAAUCUGGCAUCCAAAUGUUGAUAAAAAUGGUGACGAUUGCAUUUCUGUUCUUCAUGCUGGGGAGGAUAAGUAUGGUUAUGAAAAGUCAGAGGAACGCUGGCUUCCUACCCACACGGUGGGAACCAUCACGAUUACUGUCAUUUCCAUACUGGCAGACCAUAAUGGAGAGUCACCUGCGAAAGAAUGGAAGGAAGACAGAAAUGGAGAAUUUAAAAGGAAAGCUGCACGCCGUGCAAGAAAAAGCCGAGAGACUGCUUUUGAGUGACAUUUAUUCAGCAGCUGGUAAUUUCACUUACUUCAGGGUCUUCAAUUGAGAAACAGGGCACUGUUUUUCCUGCACUGUACCCACCUGUAUUGCUGGACGUCUGUUGUAACAAGUUGGCAAAACCCUGGCUGGAACUGGGCUGCAAGAAAACAUGCCAGUUAUCAAUGCUGACAAGAGCCUAACAAGUGCCAGCUUACAGAUGAUUACGCAUUUUGAAUUCUAAUGAACUGUUUUAACCUUCAGGAAGAAUUGUAAAGACGUGUACAUAGCACAACAUGAUCCGGAUA